AUGACAAGUGUUCAAGGAUAUUACUCGAACUAUGAGCGCUCGAUAGUUCCCCAAUCACUUCGUGCUGGACCUUUGAGUUCGAAACCUAACGUCGAUUCAAGCCUCAAGAAAUCUAAUACAAGAUUUGUCACAAAUCGAAAGCCAUUGCCCAAACCAAGGCCACAGGAAGAAGUACGGCCGAACCUUCCAAUACCGGUCCCAGCAAACAAGCCUGCUGGAUAUUACCUUGUUCUUCAACGUUCUCGAUCAAAAAAUAUUCAGUUAGAGACACAAAUUAUUAGACCCCUUCCAGAACGCAAAGGUGGGCCUCAAUUUGCAUUUGGUUGUCUCCCAAACAAGAAACCUCGAGCAGGACCCCAAUACCAACAACCUUCAGUCAGGCCAAAGCAGGAUGAUAUCGAACCGCCGACCGUUAAACAACCACCGCAAUCAAAAUUUGGCUAUUACCCAAUCUAUGAAAGAGCCCCUGGCCUAGUUGAAUCAUUAAAACAGCAAACUACACCUAAAUUGACUUCAACGACCGAAGUUCCUCAGUUAUCUAUUCCAAAGAAAAAUCCUCGCGGUCGAUAUCCUGAUUACGAGCUUUCUUGA